GGCUCUGGAGCUACUACAGCACACAGCCGAGGGCAGCGCAGGGUAGGAAGGGGACCUGAGCCACAGUCUGAUAUGGCCACAGCAGCCUGCGAGCCUAUGGCCAGGCCCAGCUUGACCUCCAUUUCGUCCGGGGAGCUGCGUAGCCUGUGGACUUGCGACUGCGAGCUGGCCCUGCUACCCCUGUCGCAGCUGCUCCGCCUACAGCCUGGUACCUUCCAGCUGCGCGGUGAGCAGCUUGUGGUACCAGGGCCCAGGGAAGCCGCCGCCGCGCGAGGGGGCUUCAACGUCUUCGGGGAUGGCCUAGUGCGCCUCGACGGGCAGCUGUACCGCCUCAGCAGCUACACCAAGAGGUACGUGGAGCUGACCACCUACUGUGAUUAUAAAGACUACAGGGAGACGAUAUUGAGCAAGCCCAUGCUCUUCUUCACUAACGUGCAGACCAAGAAGGACGCCUCCAAAGAGAGGACCUAUGCGUUUCUUGUGAACACGAGGCACCCAAAGAUAAGACGGCAGAUAGAGCAAGGCAUGGACAUGAUCAUCUCCUCAGUGAUUGGUGAGAGCUACAGACUUCAGUUUGACUUCCAGGAAGUAGUGAAGACUUUUUUCCCUCCAGGAACUGUGGUGCUGAAUGGAGAGGAUUUGAGCUUCGCCUACGAAUUCAAGGCGGAUGCCCUGUUUGACUUCUUCUACUGGUUUGGGCUCAGCAAUUCCACCGUGAAGGUGCAUGGGAAGGUUCUGAAUCUAACAAGUACGAACCCGGAAAAGAAAGAAACGAUUAAGUUAUUUCUGGAAAAAAUGAGCGAGCCUCUGAUCCGAAGGAGUAGUUUCUCUGACCGGAAAUUUAGUGUCACAUCUAGAGGUUCAAUAGAUGAUGUUUUUAACUGCAACCUGUCACCCAGAUCAUCGGUUACAGAGCCACUCUUGGCAGAAUUGUCAUUUCCAAGUGUUCUGGAGUCAGAAGAGACAUCCAGCCAAUGUAUCUGAUUGGUCUGAACAUUCUAG